CUUAUCAUAUUUCACUCAUCCUCGCUCUCGCUCUACAUUAUCCCUCCUUCCCAGUUAAUAAUAACGGAACAAAAGGAUAGAUAGAUAAAACAUCGCGGCGUGAGAGAGUGAGAGACAAACAUCGUCAGCAACAAUGGCCUUGCUAUGUGCUUCACCAUCAUCACUCAUGUUCCCUUCAUCAUCUUCAUUCCCUCAUCACAAGAAUUGUUUAACAACUAAAACAUCCCAAUUCCCACUUCUAUCCCUUUCAUUAUCUUCUUCUUCUUCUUAUUCAAUUCGUACCCAUUUCCCUCCAUCUUUCCUUGUCCAUUCUCAGCAAGACUCUUCCUUCGUCGCAGAACAAGAUCCACGAUUCAUCUGUGUUGAACCUGAACCCCGUUUUAAAGGCCCGGACAUUUGGAACACGACAUGGUAUCCAAAAGCUUCGGAUCAUGUCAAUACAGAGAAAACAUGGUACAUUGUUGAUGCUACAGAUAAAGUUCUUGGAAGACUAGCAUCAACAAUUGCUAAUCACAUUCGAGGGAAAAAUCUGGUGACCUAUACACCCAGUGUGGACAUGGGUGCUUUUGUAAUUGUGAUAAAUGCAGAAAAGGUUGCUGUAAGCGGGAAAAAGAGAACCCAAAAGCUUUAUCGGAGGCACUCAGGUCGACCUGGUGGUAUGACAGUUGAGACAUUUGACCAGCUGCAGAACAGAAUUCCUGAAAGAAUUAUUGAACAUGCUGUUCGAGGCAUGCUUCCAAAAGGGAGGCUUGGCAGGAGUCUAUUCACACGCCUGAAGGUUUAUAGCGGCCCAGAUCAUCCGCAUGAGGCGCAGAAGCCGGUCGACUUGCCCAUAAGGGAUAAGAGGAUACAGUUGCAGAGAUAAGGUCCUCGGUGUUGAAUUGAGCAUGGAAUGAAAUAUAUGACAAACGCUGAUCAUUCUUAUCCAUUUCACUGAAAAUCGAGAUUCUUGCUUUAUCCAUAUUGUCUGUAGAGGUCUCUCAUUAUUGUAUUUUUUUCCUUCGGCCAAGGUCCUUUGUCGAAUGUAUGUAAGAACUUUUGUUUUGGGUACCUUUAAGACAUGUAACAGUAUUAAAUAUGCUUGCAAAAAUACAUUUUUCAUCCUUGAUGGUCUUAUCUUUUACUUGAA